AUGCCUUUUGGACUAACAAAUGCACCGGCAACAUUUCAAGCCCUUAUGCACACUGUUUUUAGCCCAUAUUUGCGGAAGUUUGUUUUAGUCUUCUUCGAUGACAUAUUAAUUUAUAGUGUGUCACUGGAAGAUCAUGUGAAUCAUCUACAAAUUGUGUUUGAUGUCCUGAGGGCUAACAGGUUAUUUACUAAACAAUCAAAGUGCAGGUUUGCUCAGGCCAGUAUAGAGUAUCUGGGCCAUGUUAUUUCUGGUAAAGGGGUGAGAACAGAUAGGGCCAAGGUAGCAGCUAUGAUUAACAGGCCUCCGCCCAAGUCUAUCAAAGAGUUAAGGGGUUUUUUGGGAUUAACGGGCUACUAUCGAAGGUUCAUUAAGAACUUUGCUUUAAUCAGUCGGCCUUUGACUCAUUUACUCUUGAAAGGAGCCUUUGAAUGGAACGAAAAUGCUACUAAAUCCUUUGAAGAGUUGAAGACUGUGAUGACCCAAGCCCCUGUUCUUGCAUUGCCAAACUUCAGUGAGCCUUUUGUCGUUGAAGUAGACACAUCUGGAUUGGGAGUUGGGGCUGUGCUUUCCCAAAAUGGCAGACCUAUUGCAUUCUUGAGUCAGGCCCUUAGUCCUCGACAUUUGGGACUUUCCACUUAUGAGAAAGAAUUAAUUGCUCUUUUGAUGGCAGUGGAAAAGUGGCGCCAUUACUUGCAAUCAAAUCAUUUUGUGAUCAAAACUGAUCACUUUAGCUUGAAAUAUUUGAGUGAGCAGCGUAUUACUAUAUCCUUACAACAGAAAGGGAUUAUUAAGCUUUUGGGCCUAAGCUACGAAAUCCAAUACAAAAAAGGGGUUGAAAACUUAGCUGCUGAUGCUCUCUCUCAAGAAGGUUCGAAACCCAGGCUAUCUCCUUCAUUAGCUAAGGAUGUCAAAAGCUAUGUUCAAACGUGUGAAGUUUGCCAAAGGAAUAAAGGAGAACAGGUGGCCUACCCAGGCCUGCUCCAGCCAUUACCAUUACCAGACAAAGCUUGGGAACAUCUUGCUAUGGACUUUAUCGAGGGCUUACCUAAAUCCCAGGGGAAGGAAAUGAUCUUGGUUGUGAUUGAUAGGUACACCAAGUAUUCCCAUUUCUUUGCACUUACUCAUCCUUAUUCGGCCUCACAAAUAGCUCAAGUUUUUGUUGACAACAUUUGUAAGCUUCAUGGGGUUCCUUGUUCAAUUGUGUCCGACAGAGAUCCUCUCUUUUCUAGUCUCUUUUGGAAGGAAUUAUUCAGUCAGUUGCAGGAGAAAUUGAGGUUCAGCAGUGCCUAUCAUCCUCAGUCGGAUGGUCAAUCUGAGAGGUUGAAUAGGUGCUUAGAGACUUACCUCCGUUGUAUGACCGGCCACAAACCAACAGAUUGGAGUAAAUGGCUGCCUUUAGCCGAAUUUUGGUAUAACACCAAUUUCCAUUCAACGAUUGGUAUGACACCAUUUAAGGCACUAUAUGGGUAUGAUCCACCAUUGCCCACAUUUGAAUUGAUUUGCCAAUCCAAGGUCGAAUCUGUGGAUCAAAUGUUGAAGAAUCGCCAGUUGAUGGUAAAGGCCUUAAGGGAGAAUCUGUUGAAGGCUCAAUCAAGGAUGAAGCAGCAAGCUGAUUCAAAAAGGAGCGAAAGGAGUUUUGAAGUUGGGGAUAUGGUGUAUUUAAAGCUUCAACCAUACCGUCAAAUAUCUAUAGCUGUGCGGAAAAGUUUGAAACUUGCAGCAAAGUUCUAUGGACCAUAUAAGGUGAUUCGAAAAAUUGGGGCUGUUGCAUACGAACUAGAAUUGCCACCAGGAUCACGUAUCCAUCCCGUCUUCCAUGUCUCUCAGCUUAAAAAGAAGGUGGGCGAUAGAAUAGUACCAUCCAUUGAUCCUCCAUAUUGUUCCGAUAAUGGCCAAAUCAGAGUUGAACCAGUGGCAAUCCUGGAACAUAGAAUGGUAAAGAAAGGAAAUCGAGCUGCUGCCAAAGUGUUGGUCCAGUGGGCAAAUUUAUCUCCCGAAGAAGCUACUUGGGAGGAUUAUAAUUUUCUGAAGUCGCAAUUUCCAGAAUUUAAACCUUGA